AUGUGGAGGACAACAACCACACCAACCCACCACCCCCAACCAUCUCCCACCGCCAAAAACCGCAACUCAAUACCAAAGGAAAAAAUACCGAUCUCCUAUCAGCCUUAUGGAUAUGGACUGGGAGACGACCUAAAGAUCCAAUUUACCAAAUCUACACCACCCCAAAUCGAAGAAUCAUUGCUUCAAGGACGUGGUAUUGGCUGGAGGGACGAGCCAUCAGUUGAGCCCAAUCUUCCGGAUCCCCAAAAGGAAAGUAGCAACCGCUCAGAAUGCCUGGAGAUGGUUAACAUGAGGAAUGAAUUGAGAUAUCAAUUUGCUUUAUCUGAAUGGAUAAAUAAAGCAUUCUUACCCCAAUCAGUUGAAGUUGCAGAAAAAGCGGUGGAGUACCUCCUGGCAAAUGGAUCUGGAUUGGUGCGUGAAACCUUGCGUUGUGAAUCCAAUAAGAUUCUUGCUUCACGUACCAUCAGUUUGAACACCCAGGUUACCACCCACCGUGACAAGAAGAAUGCCCUUUUAUUUGACGCCGACUUCUUCUUUGGUAAUCACCUUGGAGGCAAACUCUUGCUUCCCUCUUUGGGUGUGGCAUGUCAUGGCCUUCAUGGCUAUUCUUUCCAUGGACCGCUCCGAAUUCUCUUCCAUGGGGUGGCCAAAUUCUAUUUCCCUCCAGAUCUGAAGGAGAAGCCACGUCGAUAUUCAGUUGCGUUUUGGAGCAGAGAGAGUUCUUUCUCUGCAGUUGGGCGAUAUACUGCUUACAAGGACAAGGAGAAAAAGGUAUGA